UCAGGGGGUGAGAGGGGGCUACCCUCCCCACACCCAGCUACCUUGCCCCCAGAGUGUCCCCCGCAGUGACCACCUUUCUGGUUUGAGGAUCCGGUGUCCUUUCCUCCCACCCUCCUCCCCAAACCUUACUCAGGACGCGGGAGAACCAGAUGAGGUGUUACGCAAGGCCUGAUGUUUACCUCCCGCAGGGGCCUCCUCCCUCCCUAUAAAGCCUGACGUGGUGGGAAGAUUGGAGACUGGGACUGGAUGAAGAAAGAGACAAUAUCAGGAGAGGGGCAGAGUACAGUCAGAAAGUUAAUGUAGGAGGAAAGAAGGGCAUCAACUCAGCAAGCAGCAGGAGGGGUGCACCAUCUGUGCGCUCGAAAGCGGUCCAGGGGGUCGCGGAAGCGACAGCAUCCGGACGCUGGCCUCCCAUGGAGGCGCCUGUGCUGGGCCCAGGGCUGGUAGAACGUCUGGAGCAGCUGGCUACUUGCCCGCUGUGCGGGGGCCCCUUCGAGGACCCAGUGCUCCUGUCAUGUGAGCACAGCUUCUGCCGCGCGUGCCUGGCCCGCCGCUGGGGGACUCCGACAGUGACAGGCACCGAGGAGUCUCCCACCGCGUGCCCCUGCUGCGGCCUCUUGUGCCCCCGCCGCAGCCUUAGGUCCAAUGUGCGGCUGGCGGUGGAGGUGCGCAUAAGCCGGGGACUGCGAGAGAAGCUGGCCGAUCCCGGGGCCCGCGCUGGAAGACGCCGAGGGGGCCGCAUCCCCACCAUGGGAAGCCUGGACCCAUUCGGAGAGGAUAUGAGCAAGACAUGGAGAAGAUUUGAUGCCCCAACACCCAAGUCAUCUAACUCAGAGGACAAUCUCCCUGAUGAUUACCCAGUGGUCAAAAACAUGCUUCACAGACUGACAGCCGACCUGACUCUGGACCCUGGCACCGCACAUCGCCGCCUGCUCAUCUCCGCUGACCGCCGCAGCGUCAGACUGGCCCCACCAGGGACACCCGAGCCCCCUGACAGCCCAGCACGCUUCGAUCAGCUGCCUGCGGUGCUGGGUGCGCAGGGCUUCGGGGCCGGCCGCCACUGCUGGGAGGUGGAGACCGCGGACACCGCCUCAUGCGGAGAUCCUUCUGGGGAGGAUGAGGACAUGGAGAGUCACUAUGCCUUGGGUGCGGCGGGGGAGUCGGUGCGACGCAAGGGCCGUGUAGGAUUGUGCCCCGCAGGCUCUGUGUGGGCAGUAGAGGGCCGAGGCAGCCGCCUGUGGGCACUCACAGCACCGGAGCCCACCUUGCUGGGCAGUGCCGGGCCCCCACCACAGCGAAUUCGCGUGGACUUGGACUGGGAGCGGGGCCGCGUGGCCUUCUACGAUGGCCGCUCGCUGGACCUGCUGUUUGCCUUCCAGGGGCCUGGCCCCCUGGGGCAGCGCAUCUUCCCACUGUUUUGCACUCGAGACCCGCGUGCCCCGCUGCGCAUCGUGCCUGCGGAAGGCUGACAACCACGCCCAGUCUCCUGCUAGCUUGGCUCUCCUGCCAGCUUGGCCCUCAGCGAGGCGUCUUCUGGUCUGGCAACUCCCUACUCAUGCAGGGAUCGCGUCCACGUGCCCACAGCCAGAGUAUUGAUGCACACCACCCACCCACCUAAACUGUCUCUUUUCUCCCAAGACCUCAACUGGCCUCUAGUUUCCACAUCCACUCCCAAAGCCGAACCCAUCCCCACCCCCUCCUCUUGGGAUGCUUUUCUCCUACAGCUACCCCAGGUCUCCCCAACUAUUUUACACAGCUCCAGGUCUGAGUUGGGGAACAGGCCCUGCCCCAGUGUUACUAGUCAAUAGCCCACGUUUACUACACUGAGUCCCUAUCCCUACUCCUCAAAUAUUUACCUCCCACUCCUGCUUCUGCUGCUCUCAAAUACCCAGUGCCUUCCCCAGAGCUUAAGGCUGGGGCUUUCCUGCCCUAUCCACUCUCAAGGGAAACAAGACCCUCCUGAAAAAAACAAAAGGCUUAAUUAGCUAGGAAGCUUAAUAUUGGGGCUGUUGGGGAAGGGGGUUGAUUCUAUUCCACCAUGCUUUCCAUGUUCAGUCCUUUCCCAUUAACAACCUUCUUUAAACUACCCCCAGUACAUACAAUAAGAAACCAAUGGUGCUAACUUUCCUUUCCUCAACCUGGGCAUGCUCCAUACAACCUGAAGGCAUCCUUGUAUAUAGCUUCACAUCUUUCCCCAUGUGUAUAAAUGGGCCUGUAUUUAACACAUUUUAUGAUGGGUUAUUUAUUUUGUGCAUAUGUGGCAAUAAAUGAGAUCUCCAUGGUGGUA